AAGGAGCUGCCGUGGUGUGGCGGAUGGCAGCUGCCCAUGGACGACAGAGCGCUGAGGCUUCGUGCUGCUAACGACGACGUGGGAGCUCUCCGAGAAUGGUUGCUUGCUGCAUGCAAGUCUGGGGUCGUGACCAGGCAAGAGAUAGCCUCCAUGAUCCCUGUUGCCGUGCUGGAUGUGAGGAGAGAGCAUGCUAUCCUUGACCUGUGUGCCUCACCGGGCUCGAAGACCUCGCAGGCGAUUGACAUGAUGUUCAGCGGCAAGAGCAGCAGCCUUGCAGAUGCUGGGUUUGUUGUAGCCAACGAACUUUGCGAGAAGAGGGCAUACAUCCUUGCGAAGAGAUGCUCGGAGCUAUCCUCUGCGUCCUCGUGCGUACUGGUCACCUCGCACAGAGCUCAGAUCUUCCCCUCCUCCGUCAACGACGGCACUGGCGAGUUCGAUCGUAUCAUCUGCGACGUCCCUUGCAGCGGCGAUGGGACUUUUCGCAAGUACCGAGACAAGUGGAGACAUUGGCAUCACUUUCAAGGGAGACAGCUUCAUUCUCUGCAGCUUCAGAUUGCCUUGCGAUCCAUCGCCCUGCUCAAGGUUGGCGGCCUCGUGAGUUACUCCACCUGUAGCCUGAACCCCAUGGAGGACGAGAGCGUCGUGGCGGCACUGCUGGAGAGGUGUGGAGGAGCGGUAGAGCUGGUGCCCUGCAGGCACCAUCUCGGUGACUUUGUGACGGCGAGGGGGAUGAGGUCAUGGAAGGUUCUGGACGACGACUGUUGCGAGAUCCCCUCCUACGAGGCAGCGCGAGAGAGGCUGGGGGCAGGAGGCAAGCGGUACAGGAGGACGAUGUGGCCGCAAGGAGAGAGGGCGGAUCUCGAGCACUGCCUCCGCCUCUAUCCUCAUCUGAAUGACACUGGAGGCUUCUUCGUUGCUCUCCUG